GUGCUAUUCAAUUGGAGAAUUUCAUUUUAUUUUUUCAAUUAGUAAGAUUGCUUGUUACACUUGUGAUUUUAAGCAUAUUUUGUACUAACUCAUACCAGUGUACAGAACCGAAACUUGUAGUUAUUUAAAAAUGUUGAAUAUUUGUAUUUUGAACAAAUAUAAAUGAUCGUCAAUUGAAAUCGUGUACGCCUUCAAUUAAAUUCCAAUCGGAUAUUUUUUAAUCAGUAAUAGUAAUUAAAUAUAAAAUUACACAAAUAAUAUUGUCUCUAGAAAAUGCCAAAGCAAAUUCAGUGAAAAGAGAAUCUGCUGAAAUAAAUAUGUAACGAAAACGAAAAAAUAGAUAUUUACUAUUAUUGUGGCUUGCAUUCUAUUUUUAAACAUUAGUGAUUAUUAUCGACUGGCCAUAGUUAUAAAUAAAUAGACUACAAAAAAUACAAGCCAGUUGCUCUUGGCCCAUCACAUUACUGCAAGCCUGUACAGAGACACAGCUAAUAUAACAAACAUGGGCUCACAAUAGAGGCGUUAUCAAAUGCUUUUUAUUGACUGAUUUCGCAGCAACAACAAAGUUUGUCUUCGCGAUACAUGAUUGCAAAAUCCAGUUUUCCCCAUUCUUCCACCAACUUAAAGACUUCCCUCUGUCGCAAAAACAGGCUUCAGAAAGCAGCUGUUGCCUUUGCUGCCAACAUUCUCUUCAUUGUUUACAUCUGCAUGGAUACAAAUCAUAUAUGUAAACAUCUAUGUACAAUCAGAUAGUUCUUUAAAAAAGAAGAUGACUUCUGCGGUAAACAGUGACACAUUUGCUGCAACUUCAAGUUCGAUCUUCAGUUUCUCCAGUUCAAUUGCAGAAACUGAGUGGUUGGAAGACCUGUUGCACGAGGUACAACUUGAGCAGUUCCUGGAACGUAUACGCGAUGAUUUGCAAGUGACCCGAUUGGCCCAUUUUGAUUAUGUGCUACCGGAGGAUCUCGAACGUUGUGGUUUGGGAAAACCUGCCGUACGUAGACUUAUGGAGGCCGUGCGGAAGAAAAAAGCACAUCAGUGGCGUAAAAAUAUUCUCUCAAAACUGAUUGGCGGCGGAAAGCAACCGUCAUCGAAAAAGUCACAACAAGCUGUUAAUAAGGAACAUCAAAAUACUCAACUUACGUGUCUUAUACACGAAAAAGAUAUUACACUUGGCAUCAAAUUAGGUGAUGGCUCAUUCGGGGUGGUGAGGCGUGGGGAAUGGCACUCCGUCCCAAAUGGAAAAGUAAUGCCCGUUGCUGUGAAGGUGCUAAAAUCGGAUAAUCUCACGCAACCGGGUAUAAUUGAUGAUUUCUUCCGUGAGGUGCAGGCAAUGCAUGCUUUGGACCAUUCGAAUUUGGUGCGUUUGUACGGUGUUGUUUUAUCCCAGCCAAUGAUGAUGAUCACAGAAUUAGCGGAGCGUGGUUCGCUGUUGGAUACAUUACGUAAACAGUGCAAACAUACACCGUUAACUAACAUUUGGAAUUGGUCGGUACAAAUUGUCACCGGUAUGGCGUACUUAGAACACAAACGCUUUCUGCAUCGAGAUUUAGCAUGUAGAAAUGUGUUACUUGCUUCCGGCAAUAAAAUAAAGAUCGGCGAUUUCGGUCUCAUGCGAGCACUUCCGCAAGAAGAUGAUUGCUAUGUGAUGUCUGAACACAAAAAGGUACCCUUUCCGUGGUGCGCACCAGAAUCCUUACGUUUCCGGCAGUUUUCACAUGCCUCAGAUACUUGGAUGUUUGGCGUAACGCUCUGGGAAAUGUUCACAUUCGGUGAAGAUCCAUGGGUUGGACUAAAUGGAUCUCAAAUAUUACGAAAAAUUGAUAGAGAGGGUGAACGUUUGCAUCAGCCAGAUGCUUGCCCUCCAGAUGUGUAUGAAAUGAUGUUACAAUGUUGGGAUAAAUUACCUGCAGAACGUCCAACGUUCGCUGCGUUGAAGGAAUUCUUAGUAGGAAUGUCUCCGCCUUUAUAUAAAGCAGCACGCUCUUAUCGUGAAGAGAAUCGGCUGCAGAUCGAUGCUGGCGACACCUUGGCCAUUAUUGAUGGUCGCGCUGACUUGAAGCUAAUUAAAGGUCAAAACCAACGAACAUUUGAUAUUGGAGUUUUCCCACGCAAUAUAUUGGAAAAACAAAAGCACACAAGCAGCGAUCUAAUACAACCAAUGCAUGAAAGCAUUCGUCAAAGCGGCGGACAUUCCAGUUCACCCUUCGGAUUUUGCUGGGGUGGAGCUGGAGCAAUGAGUGCGAGUGCCGAAAUCCAAUCAGAGAGAAAUCGCAAAUGUGCCUCAAUGCAACCACACUUGCAACAACCAGCGCAUCAUGCCAAAGAACGGAAAUCUGUAUCUAGUAAACAGUUUGCGUACAAUAAAUUGGUUAACGAGCGUACCGCAGAACUACAGCGAAAUCAAUCAGUGCAGUUCGCAAAAGGAAAGGGAGUUAAUAACACCAAACAAGGCCCUCAACGCCCGCCUCCACCGCAACAAAAACAAAUAGAGGGUAUAUUGAUUGACAUUUCACCAGAGUUUGGGCCUCCUACAACUUCCAUAAACUGUGAUGAAAGCGGGUCUGUAAAUAUUAGAAACUCCUUGUGUUUAUUGGACGCACCAAUAGAUAUCCCAACAGAGGGAGAGGUGUACGAUGCAAACUCGUUUGCUUACAGUAGCGCCUCAGCACAACAAACAUUUUUAACUGGAACUUCGCCGCUGGCACAACGACUUCAACCGCCGCCUUAUCAAAUGCCACCCACUUAUUCGAACACAAUUGAAUUCACACAACAACAAUCACAAUCAAUGCAACAUCGUGACCCAUUUGAUACCAGUAGCGUGCAUUUGAAUUAUGAUCAAAAUACAGGAAAUAAUGCAGUGUACACAAAUGUAAUAGGUCAUUCGCCGUACAAGGUGCAACAGUCAAUAUUGCGCGCAAAUUCAAUACAGUCAUUAUAUAACAGUCCUACAGCAAGAAAAAGCCUUUUCUCUGGAACAUUAAAUUCCUCCGGCAAUAAAGAGAAUGUUCCACAUUCGCUUGGCACAGAAAACCAAAAUAAUGUGAUCUCUGAAAGCGAAGAUUCGCUCCAAACAAGGUUGUCUUCACUCACCUUGGAAAAGCCAACGGUUGAAUAUUCUACAGAGAGUAAUGUUUUGCUGGACCAAUCUUUUAUUGCUGAACUAGAGAAGGAUAUGUACAGCAGUAAGGGUCAAAAUGAUUACGAACGCAAUUCCAUUCAAAUGUAUACGAGUAAGGAAAAUGUGUACAAACAAAAUUUGACGCCUUUAAAAAACUCAACCAGCAUCUCGUGCACAACAAAUGCAUCAAGCAGCGGAGUUUCUCCUAAACUGCAAAAUCUCGAAACAUACAACCAAGUACAAUACUCAAACGCAGCUAUCACUGAAGCACGCAAAAGCCUUAAUGAUCAGCAUAAACUAAAUAACCUAGAGGCUGUUGGAACAAAUACCACUACAAGUGGUGAGGAGAGAACCGAAGUGCUUACUGAAAACACCCAAGAUGUUAUUAAUCGAAUAUGGUAUGAUCGUGUCAAUGGCACUUCAACACCUGCAACUUAUUACUCUCAACCUCCCGAAAAUGCAUACCAAAAUCAGAGUAAUUACGCAGAUCGAUAUGGUAGCGCAAUCAAUGACAAGGAGUCAAACCAUAGCUUCGUGGCGCUUUCAAAUCGAGUUGUGCCGCAAGCAACACAGGGUAGUAAAAUAUAUGGAUCUGCGGCUUCUCUGUAUGGCAGUGUCAGUGGGCGUGAAUUAUAUGACGCUGUAGCUGCGACACCCUCAACGUAUUAUGGUCAAAUACCUUUGAACGCCGUUGAGGCUGACAACAGUAUUUUCAGUAGUGCAUUAACUACAGCAUCUGCAGCGCCCGCUGCGGUUUACGACGAAGUAACGCUCGACGACUAUUUACGUCCACAUCGACCAGCCCCGUUAGCUCCACCACUACUCUCGACCCAGCAAAUACAACGUCGUCUGGAGAAGCUAAAGCAGCAUCAGGAGAAUGGGGGUGGAAAUUUAUAUGCGCCUGUUCCAUCCGAAGCCGCAAAGGAAAACGAAAAAAUUCAGCAAAUACUUAAGGAUUUAGGUUCAGCUGCACAGGAAGUAGAUGUGCGUAAUGCAUUAAGAGCAGCAAACGGUGAUGCAAAUGCUGCAAUACGACACUACAAAAUUGACCAACUCACCAGACUCGGCCUUGCCAAUCGUCCCCAGUGUGAACAGGCGUUACAAAAAACCGGUUGGAGCUUAGAGCUUGCAGCUGCUGUGUUAUUAGAAAGUACUUCUUAGAAGAUUUACGAAUACCGAAAUUUCUUAUCCAUUAUACCACAAUUCAUCAUUCCAAAUUACAUCACAUUUUUGCCUCACCAAAAUUGCAUGACUAUUUUUUUUUUAUAAUACAGCUCAUGUAUUAAAAAUAGAAAUAUUCAAAAGAUAAUCAUCGAAUAUAGAAAACAUUACAUGUUUUGAAUUCAUUCGCCGUCCUAUGUUUGGAACAAAAAACGAUAAUAUUCAAAAUACCUGAUAUUAAAACUUUCGAAUCAGUAAAUUUAUUUAGAGCGUAAAGCAUUUUAUUCAUGAUUUGCAAACUAUAAAAUAUAACAAGCACACGACGUAUUAAAAUAUAGAUAUAAAUGAAUUAAAUCAAAAUUCCAAUAUACCGAUGUCAACUAGAUAAGACUUCAAAAUAUUAUAUAUAUUGAAUCGCAUGAAAGAAUCAACACAUGCAUAGAUAUAUUUUUAUGUAUACAAAUAAAAGUAUAGAACUUGUUAAAUGCACA